CCCGGGUCUCCGUUGACCUCUGACCCGAGGCCGCCCUUGAGCCGGGCCCACGGGGCCCAGGAAGGCGGCCGGUUCCCGUGCGGCUGUGCGGUCGUCAUGGCCAAGUACUUGGCCCAGAUCAUCGUGAUGGGUGUGCAGGUGGUAGGCAGAGCUUUUGCUCGGGCCCUGCGGCAGGAGUUUGCAGCCAGCCAGGCAGCUGCUGAUGCCCGGGGGCGUGCUGGGCACCAAUCUGCUGCUGCAUCCAACCUCUCUGGCCUCAGCCUCCAGGAGGCCCAGCAGAUCCUCAACGUCUCCAAGCUGAGUCCCGAGGAAGUCCAGAAGAAUUAUGAACACCUGUUUAAGGUGAACGAUAAAUCCGUGGGUGGCUCCUUCUACCUGCAGUCCAAGGUUGUCCGUGCAAAGGAGCGCCUAGAUGAGGAACUCAGAAUCCAAGCCCAGGAGGACAGAGAGAAAGGGCAGACACCCAAAACGUGACUGCUUGCCUCUCCUCACCCACCCCACCCCUCAUAAUUUAUAGCUUGGUAAUAAAUGUCUUUUCCACA